AUGAAUAGGAAUUCAAACACUGAAAGAGAAAAUAAAAUUCAAAAGGAACCUUUAGUUGAAUUAAGUGAUAUGAAUAUUUCAUCUAAUCACCAUCAUCUGCUAUAUGAAGAUGAGAGUGAAAGUAGUAAUACAAGUUCAAAUACACCAAAUACAAAUAGAAAUAACCGAAUAUAUAAUAACAAUUUAAAUUCAAAUAGACAUACUAAAAGAUAUGAAAGAUUAGAUAUAGAUAAUAAUAAUAAAAAUAAUAACAAUAAUAAUAAUAAUAAUAAUAAUAAUAAUAAUGAUUACGAUAGCGAUAACGAGUAUGAUGGUGGUAGUGGUAGUGGUAGUGGUAAUGGUGGCGGUAGCAUAUUAAAUAGUGUAACAUCACAUUCUACACCACACACAAAUUCACCAUUUUUAAAAUCAAAUAGAACAUUCGACACAUAUAGUUUAAAUAAUAGCAAUAACAUUGGUAGUAGUAGCAGUAGUAACAAUAAUUAUAAAAAUAUAUACAACAAUAACAACGAUAAUGAUAAUCCUUUAUCGAGUGGUGUUUUUGAUUUAAACACUGUAAAAGGUUUCAUUUAUUAUAUUUAUUUCUCAUUAAGAUAUACUUUGUAUGGUGAUCUUAGAGUGGCUGUAAAAUAUGUUCACAAUAACUCAAAAAAGAAUCGAAAAAGUUUAUUAUUAGGUUUAUUUACAGUAUUUUUAGUUGUAUUAUUUAUAAGUUUUUUACAAAAUUUAAUUCAAUCAUCACCAAUUGUAUUUUUAAAAUUAUCAGAGGAUCAAGCAGGAGAGUUAGAUUUAGUAUUGAUUGGUGAUCCUGGUAAUUAUGUUUCAAGUAAUCAAAGUCAAAGUUUAACAGUUGUAAAUACAGAUUCAGAAGAGGAUCAAUAUUUAGAUAAAACAAGUAAAUCAAGUACUUCAACGAGAAUUAAAAAAGCAUUGGAAUUAAUUAAACAACAAGGUUUGGUUGAAGAGAGAUUAUCAAAGAGUCCAUUCUAUUUAUUCAAUGGUUUUUUGGGUGGUAUCAGUGAUCAAUUAUCAUUUUUAACAAUGGAUUAUUCAGGUUAUUUUGUAAAUUCAACUUAUUUAACUCAAAAAUUAGCUGAUGCCUUAACUGUUCAUGGUGUUGCUCCACGUUGGAUUUCAAUUGCUGCAAUUACAACCUCAAACACAACAUCAACCACUAGUAGUAGUUUAUCAUCAAGUGGUAGUUUAUCAUCAAGUGAUAGUUCUGACGAUGAUAAUAAUAAUAAUAAUAUUAAUAAAAAUGGUGCAACAUUAUUAAUUAUGUCAAUUAAUUCAACAUUGGAAAAAGAAUUAGGAUUGGGAAGAGGUUGGACAUUACCACCAUUGGUUGGUAAUCAAAUUCAUAUUAGUGCACCAUUUUUAAGAAGAAUUAAUGUUAAAGCAAUGAAUAAUCAAGUGGUACAUUUACAUAUGGAUUUCAUUGAUAUUUUACAACGUUUAGGAUUGCCAGCUACUUUUCCAAGUUUUGAAAGUUUAGUUGACUCUAUUCAAUUACAAAUUGGAUUCAAAAUACCCAAAGAAAUGGAUGUUACCGAUUUGAUUGAAACUUAUGACCUAAUGAACCCUGGAACUCAUAUUGAAGAUACCCUAAGUGAUUUGUUUGGUCCAAAAGGAUUCGUUAUCGAUUCGAAAAGUGGUACAAUGACAUUCUAUCCAUUGGUUGCAUUGAGAGAGUUUUAUAAUUCAAUUCGAUCGGAUUUAUCAAUUGAUCACGAUUUGGUGGUUAUGGGUUCAAUCGAUGAGCCAGGUGGUAAAUAUCCAAAUACAAUUGGUAAUGUUGGUAUAUUGGAAUCAUCAUAUUUGGAAACAUUGAUAAAGGAGAAAUUGGAGCAAUUUAAUAAUCAAAUCACAAGUAAAGACUAUAAGGAUUUUUUAACAUUCUUAGAGGUUGAAGCACAAGAGUUUGGUUUAUCAAAUGUUACCGAUUACAUUGGUCAAUAUAAUAGAUUCGUAGAUAAAUUUGAAUCGUUUAGAAAAUCAUUCAAAUUAAAUGAUUUUUCAAUGACACCAGUGAUAAUGCUAGAGAAUCGUGUAAAGGUUUACACCUCCUCCAAUGAAGAUAUGGUCAAGGGUAUGAUGGCAUUCACAAAUCAAGUCUCCACUUUAUUGGGUAUAAGUUAUCCAGUUUCUUUCACAACUCCAUUAGCAACAACACUUCAAUUGUUCAUUUAUACAAAGUUAUCAUUGAAUCAGAUUUUCAAUUGUGUCGCUGCAGUCUUAUUGGUAUUGGGUGCAUUAAUGGUCUAUAGUUUGCUUUUAAGUGAUGUUGAAGGUAAAACAUUUGAAUAUGGUAUGUUACGUGCUCAAGGUAUGCGUCAAUAUGCUUUGAUUCUAUUGCUCUUGACUCAAUCACUCUAUUUCAGUAUUCCUGGUAUUGUUUUUGGUCUAUUCAUUGGUUGGUGCCUUUAUGCAAUCGUUGCCUACUUUGUCUAUGUUCAAUUUGUAUUAUUACCAAUCGAUUUAACAUAUCAUACCACAAGUAUUGUAUCAGGUUUGCUCAUGGGUUUUCUUAUGCCAAUCGUUGCAAAUAUCGCACCAAUUCAACGUGCUUUAUCACGUACACUACGUGAUGCACUCGAUGUUUAUCAUCAAGUAAAGAAUGAAACAUUGGUUAAAAUCGAAAAACUAGAAGAAGUUGGUUUAGAUGUACUUCAAACAUUGUUGGCAUUGUUGGCUGUGGCUGUUGGUUUCACCGUCUAUUAUUUAAUACCGCUAUCAUUUACAUUUAGAAAUAUGGGACUUUUCUUUGGUAUUCUCACUGGUAUUCUAAUGGGUAUGUUAUUUGGUAUGUCAAUGUUGGCACAAGCAGUUCAACCAUUAUUAGAGAAAGCCGUCAUUUUCACAUUAAUUGUUGGUCCCGAUAGAAGAUCACUUUAUCAAUUGGUUAGAAAGAAUCUUUUCUCUCAUAGUACUAGAAAUUCAAAGACUGCCACAAUGUUAACCAUUAGUUUAACAUUUAUCAUUUUCACAGGUUGUGUAUUCCGUUUACAGGGUCAUAACAUUCAAGAGUUGGUACGUUUAGGUAUUGGUUCUGAUAUUUCCGUAUUGGCCACAAGUAUUAAGAAUCCAAUUCCAGAGGCUGAUAUUAGAGCUUUCUUGGAUAAUGAUAUAGCAAACAAUACCAACUCUGUCAUUAGCGAUUAUACCGUUAUCACAUUCCCAUUGGAUAAAGUUAUGAAUAUUAGAUCCACUCAUUUAAUGCCAUUGGCUGAAUAUCCAUCGGUAAAUGUUAGAAUGUAUGGUGUCGAAAGUAAUUUCCUUUCAAGUGCUUAUUUAGAUUUCUAUGAAGUAACUGAAAUGUCCAAAACAAUAACUUUCCCAACCAUAGAUAAUGGUGCUGGUAAGAAGAUACCCGAUGUUAUCAAUAGUUUAUAUGUUAAUGAACAUCGUGAUAUCAUUUCAGAGGAUUUCAAUGGUGUAAUCACUCCACCACCAAACAUUGUAUCAAAUGGUAGUCAACAAUAUCCUACAAAUAGUCCAGUUUGGAAAUGGUUAAAGAAUCAUUUGAACAACACUUACAUCUAUCAAAAUUAUACAGAUAUCAUUUUCAGUGAAGCAUUUAGAUUGACUUGUGGUGUAGAUACAGAUUCACCAUUCAAUUUGGAUAUAGAGUAUAAACAAUAUAGUAACGCAGUGAAUCAUAUUACAUUGUUAGCAAAAGGUCAAUCAAUGGUUAGAAUGUUCCCAUCAUUCUUUUUCUCAACUUAUUCUCAAACUUCCUAUGGUUCUCCCAUUUUGGUCAAUGAUGAUGAAUUCUAUAGAAUUAUGCAGAUGGUUUACUCUGUUACCAACGAUCCAUCGGUUGUUUUACCAAGUGUUGCUCCAAAAUCAAAAGUACUCAUUAAAUUAAAACAAGGUACCUCUGAAAUUGAAAGAGAGUACGUCAUCAAUGGUGUUAGAAAUUUCAUUAAAACUGAUAAUAUUCAAGUUAUGGAUACUCAACAUCUUUUGGACACAACAGAGACUGCCGUCACAAUUUUAAAUAUCUUCUUUUACACAGUUUCAGUGGCUUCCAUUGUUUUGUGUUUCUUUAUGCUAUGGGUUUCAUUCAGUGCAAAUAUUCAUGAAAACUCUUGGGAAUUUGGUGUUUUACGUUCAAUUGGUUUAACAAGUUUUCAAGUUACUCGUAUCUAUAUCUAUGAAGCAUUGGUUUUAAUCUUUUCUUCAAUGAUACUUGGUCUUUCAAUUGGUUUAGGUAUCGCCCUAACUCUUACCCUUCAAUUCGAUCUUUUCACAGAGUUACCUUUUAGUUUUGAAUUCCCAUACUUUUGGUUCAUUGGUGUACUCAUUAUGUCAAUUUGUAUCGCUAUCUUUGUUUCUUAUCAAGCAUCAAAAGAAUAUAGAACAAGAGAAAUUGCAUCAGUUUUAAAGGGUAAAUAA